UUUCCCUCACUUGCAGCUGUAGCUCCUCGGGAAAUUUUGGCGCAAGGACAUUCCGCAAGACUGGUUUAUGAAGAGGCCCUUAGAGAUGGAUUUGUGAAUGUUUAUCGUGGUCGCAUAGUAUUGGUUGGCCAGGAUCGUGCCGGUAAAAUAAGUUUAAAGAAGACUCUCCUAGGUCUGCCAUUCAACCUCAAGGAACAAAGUACGGACGGGAUCGAAAUAGUGCCAACUAAGUUCGAAAUUGAAGUGGAGCAAAUUAAGAACUGGAGACCUAGUUGUGCGAACAAGUCAAGUUUCUCUGAUUGUUUGGAAUAUACAAUGGGUGUAGCAAAACUGUUAGCGACAGAAAGGUAUCACAUGAUUGUUGGGGAUGAAAAGGAAGACUCGGAAAUAAAAUCAGUAAGGGCACAGCCUAAGGAAGAACACAGGGUGGAGUCAGGAGAGGAAUUGCACACAAAACAUGUCGCCGAUGAGGUCCGUUUACUAUGUUUUUACACUGAAACCUGACUUUUUAUGAAUGAUCUCAAACGAAUUCACACAUUUAAUGCUCAUUUCUCUGUUUUGACAUAACGAGAUAGAUCGACAUCUACUGUGUAAAUGAAGAUGCAUCAACCAUGUAACUUAUAACGAAAUUUGGUAUCUAUAGUAUUGAUAUUUCGUCUUAUUGCAAAAUGUUAGGUUUCCGUGUUCGAGGAUUCGACGACAGAGUUUCCACAUAGAUCCGGGCCAUUAAGCGAAGUUCAUGAAGGAGAUAGUCUAAGCACAAAUUCCAAACUGGCUGUCAGCACCACUGCACUUCCUAAUGCCGUUGAAAAACGGGCUGAUGAACUCCUAAGGAACAUGAUCGUUGAAGGUGUGGAUGCUGAUAGUGCAUACAUCGAGAAAGGAUCCACGAUAGCCGCAGAUGUGUGGGAUUUUGCGGGUCAACAUGUGUACUAUGCUGCUCACUCGGUAUUUCUUUCGUCAAGAGCUGUGUACAUCGUAGUUCACAACCUUAACAAGCCCCUGAAUGCCCAAGCUCAGCCAUGUGUGAGACAGGGAACUCAUGAAGUACCUUUGGAGAACCCAAACAAUGAGACUAAUCUAGAGAAUUUGCUGUCGUGGCUCGGGACAGUUCAUAAUAUGAGACCGACUGGAGAAGAAAUGGUUGAAACGCCUAACGUGCUCCCCUAUCUCCGACCUCCAGUGUUCAUCGUCGGCACCCAUGCUGACAAGCCAUAUGAAGAUACGAAGGAUGUUACAUCCAAGAUACUUCGUGAGAUUUCCAGUAAGGAAUAUGGAAAACAUGUGAUCCGACCAUUCUUCUAUAUUGAUAACACUCGAGGACACAAAUCUUUCGCUGGGAAAUUCCGGAAUUUCUUCAAAGUUGAAAGAAAUCGUCAAGCAGGUUUGUCAUGUCUUUGGGUUCAACAUGACGAUUAAUGACGUGUUUAUGGGUUAGUGAGGUUGGGUUUAGUUUUAUUUCUAUCGAGGACAGACAAAAUCAUCGUUAGAUAAAGAUGAUUGGAUUCACUGGAGAUUUUACAAGUUGCUUUUCCACAUCUUAUUCCUAGCAUCCUUUUGUCCCAAUCUGGGUACUUAUCUACUUUUGAUGCUGGCACCAUGUUAGUGCUCCCGUUAUUCCUGAAUUUCUUUUUUUAUGCAUUUUCUCUUGUUUUCCCAUUUCUUGUUUUAACCUGGAUUGUAUAUGUAAAUACCAUAACGAAUGUUUUUGCGGACCAAAUUAGUGUGAAAUUUAUAAUACAUUGCGAAGAAGUGAAUUUGAGUGCUACAGCAGAAAUUGCCUUUCCGAAUACGAAAUAGGGGAUCAUGGUCUUAGUUGCAAUCAAACUCGUAUCGAAAGUCCGAGGAGAAAUCUCUGUCCUUCCCUGGCUUCUCUCAACAGCACUAAUUGUUUUACAUAAUUUAUAAUUGAAAGGUCAAGGAGACAGCGAUGGCACCAGUGCCAAUGGAAUUCAUGCUCUUCGAGAGAGAAUCCUGGAAGUACUUCGACAGGAACCUUAUAUGGGAGAGAAGAUACCAGUGAGGUAAAGUAUGAUGUGUAAUGAUAUAUGCACAAGAGAUGUUCAGUUCAUUUUUUUCUAACAACAGCUGUACUGAAACGUACGAGUGGCUUUCACAGCUGAAUAAAGGGGUAAGUUUCUAAAGAAACUGUGGUGCUGCGUCGGUGGGAGAGUAUAGCUAAUCGCUCUGACGAAGGGCUAACGCUCGAAACGUCAGCUUUUUUACCCUUUACGGUGGCUAAUUUACGUUUUCAACCCAGUUGUUAACACUAAAUUACCUGCUUUCACAGCUGGUUUCGCCACUUGGUCGAGUUCGCUACGUUCAAGUUCGCUACAUGUUCGUUACUUACAUGCCGAAAUUGCUCCUUACUUCAUUUACCACAGUAAAUUAUGCUCACAUUAUGAGCAUAAUUUACAAAUUUCCACAAAUGAUUUACGGGAACUUUUGCGGCUCAAACUUGAAGAAAAUUAUUUCAAGUUCAACGAAAAAUUCUUCAUACAAACACAUGGCAUCGCCAUGGGAACUAAGACACCAGUUGCUUUCCCUGCCAUUUUAUGGCAAACCUAGAAAAGCGACUGUUAAUGGCUAGUCCCUCUAACCUUUGGUCUGGAAGAGAUUUCUAUGAAAGACGCUUAUAACUUUGUUGACUUUGCCAAUUCGUUCCACCCUACAAUCAGGUUUAUUUGUGAAACGUAACCUCGCACCAAUCCAAGAAGGCAAUUUGCAUAUGGUCAGUUUAACUGACUCCUAAAAACGGCAAUCACGCAGUUGGGAGUAUAAAUUACAGAUAUUGCAUGUGGUUUAUGGUUAAAAGAGAAAUUAAAACUGUGAAUUAACAGAGGCAACGAAUUGGGCAUGUUAGAAGCGAACAUGCAGCAAACUCGACGAGUAGCGAAACAGGCGUAAAGCACUUUGAAGGCGACGAAUUUUUCAGUGCUUAACAACAUGCUACCAUUACUUGUGGAUGUAAUAUAUCCUCAAAAGAGGCUCAACCGGCAAUUAAGCCAUAUUCUAAAGUUACAUUUAGAAAUUUCCAAACUUUGCUACAUGCAAUUUGCUAUCUGAUGUAUACCUUUCUGUAAGUUAGACUUAUUAUAAAUUUUUCAUAUUUCUAGAUGGUUUAACUUCGAAAAGGUCAUUGAAGCUUUGGUAGCUGAGAAUGUAUACCACUCAAAUACUGCCCAUCUUCAAACCUAUGCCAAGGAUGUAUGUUUUAUAGAAGAUGAUGAACAGUUUCACACCAUGUUGAAUUUCUAUCACGACUUAGGAUUGAUUGUGAAACACCGCAGUACAGUCAUUCUGAAGGCGCAGUGGUUAAUCAGUCUAUUCAAGAAACUUAUAACCAUCCCAGCAUUCAAAAAAGCGGUAGGAAAAGAUAAUCUUCUAUACAUUGAGAUGAUUGCAGAUCGUGGGCAGGAUUUGUUACCUUCCCCCAACUUGCCCUUAACGAAAAAAAUGUUAGUUUAAUUGACUGUUGGUUCGUUUGUUUUUUCACGUUGUUUACAUCCCUUACAACAUUUUGAGUUUUCUCCAUAACAUUCAUGUCUCCCACUCUCCCUCAAUUCAAUAUUGCCUUAUAUUGACAAAAUAGUCACUAAUUUAUUACGACAUUUUUUGGGGGUGGGGAGGUAAGGGGGAAAUUAAAUAAACUAAUUAGAGAUGAAUUACAAGAUUUUUCUUAUCGUGUUGACUCAUUUCGGGAGGCUAGCCAACUACAUUUUACCACUCAUUGUACCCUUAGUAAUGAGGAAAGCAGAGAUGUUUUUGGUCCGCUGCAAAUUAAAUAGGGCAUUUUAAAGAAAAAUUGGUAGAUUGAACUUAUUUUAAAUAGGGAAUUUGUGGUUUCAGGAUCCUGUGCAUUCCAAGUACUGGCUGCAACUCGAGAGAAGUGGUGUCCUUAGGAUGGAGCUUGUUGAUCACAUUUUUUCCCCUCUUAUUCAGCAAGGCGUUAAGAAGGAAGACAUCUUGGACAUGAUGGAGCAGUUUGGUUUGAUUGCCAAAUACUCACCAUCCCCGGCUGACGUUAAUUACUUUGUGCCAUGCCAACUGAGGUCCUCACCUGAAGAGCUUUGUAAAAUGAAGCCAUCAUCUACGGAUCCUUGUCCUUUGUAUCUUCAUUUCCAAGAAGGCUUUGUUCCGCAUGGUUUUUUUACUCGCUUUGUUUCAAAAUCGGUUGCUUGGUGUGGUGCAAAUGGAUCGUCACAGCCUCCAAAACUCUACCAGAAUGGUGCAUGGUUCAUUCUUGAAGAACGCGUCAUACAUGACAUGAUUAUGAUUUGCAAAAAGAAGUUCAUAAAAAUCCUCUUGAGGCAAAGAAUUAAGAAGAACGUAGUUGCAGUUUCUAAUUCAACUUUGGUAGAAGUUGCUAGAGGCGUGCGAUUGUUUAUGGAGAGCACUUUAGAAAAUAUGUCGCAGGAGUUCCCAUACCUGAGCAAGAUGCAGCAUGAAUUUUGUGUUGAAUGCCCCUACUGUCAGCAAAGCGGUCGCAAGUGCGUAAACCACAACCAAGUGUCCUGUAGAGAAGAUGACUGCUUACACCUGCUUGAAUUAAGGCAAGGACAGGAUUUGAUCUGUAUGGAAAGCAUGUCUAAUGAAGUACUAACAGUUCCUGGACAAGAUAGAUGGUUGUUGAACCAGGUAUAAAGCAUUCUUUGUAUGUAUUCGUUCGUAAGUAGUAACGGAAACCAAUUAAGAAGAGCUUAUGAUAGCUGCAAUGAUAUCACAUUGUGCGAUGGCAGUCGUAUGCGGAAUACCCAAUUUAGAAAAUCUUGGAACAGAUUGAGAUCUAAUGGUGUCAUAGAAGGAUCUUGCUUCAUCGAGCUCCUAAAGCAAUUUAGCAAUGGAUAUGGAUGUAUGUUUUACAAUUGUGUAAUUACCUUUUUGGUUGAUUCAAGACAUGUAUGAACGCGUUCAACCAGUUCGUUUCCUUCCGUCUGGUUUAUAAUUUCUUGAUGGGAAUAAAGAAUAUUUUUCUCUAAGAGAAGUAAGUUUUUUUUUUUUGUGAAAACUGUUUUAUAUACCUUACUUGGAAAAUGAUGUGCUUUUCCAUUAUAAUAAUGUUUUUAUGUCAUUAUCCAAAAGGACUUGGCUCCGUCAGAAAUAAGAACCUCACAAGUUGCAUCAGUGCGUGGUCACCCAGCAAAGUGCCACAAAACUUUGAAAGUUACUCUACUGGCCAAUGAGUGGAAUUCGUCAAGGGGGGGUUUGUCCACCAUCAACAGACACCUUGCCAUCCUUAUGGCCGAACGUAAUGAGGUAGAAGUCACUCUCUUGGUCCCACAAUAUGCUUGUUCUGAAGAAGAGAAGAGAGAUGCAGAAAGUCACAAGAUUGUCAUCAAAGAAGCAGAGAGACGUCCAGGCUACGACCCUCUUGACUGGUUGAGCUUCCCUCCGAAAGAGCUGAUAAUUGACGUGGUCCUGGGUCAUGGAGCCAAGUUAGGUAAGCAAGCCCAAAUCAUUAGAGAGUCCCAUAGUUGCCAAUGGGUACAAGUAGUGCAUACUGCGCCUGAAGAGCUCGGAAUGUUCAAAAACUAUCCGAGAGCCAUUGCCAAAGGAGAAGAGAAGACUACAGCCGAAGUAGAUUUGUGUAAAUUGGCAAAUCUAGUUGUAGCAGUAGGACCCAAGUUGAUGGAGGCCUACUCUGCCUACCUUGGCUCAUGUGGGAAGCAGCAAGAUAUAAUGUCGUUCACUCCUGGCACGUUUAAGGAGUUUUCUACUCUAAAUCAUGCCUCAGUUGACUCUGUAAAGUUUAAGGUGUUGAUCUUUGGUCGUGGUGAUCCUGAGGACUUCGGUCUUAAGGGGUAUGAUAUCGCUGCUAAAGCAGUAGCGGAACUGAAAGACAACUCCUACCAUUUGAUCUUUGUGGGUGCACCUGAUGGCAAACAGGAGGCAGUUGCGCAAGAGUUUCUGCGGAAUGGUAUUUCUAAACGUCAGCUGACAGUGAGAACGUUUUUGCCAAGUAAGGAGAAAUUGAAAGAUUGCUUUCGUGAAGUUGAUCUCUGUAUCAUGCCAUCCCGGACGGAAGGGUUCGGCUUAACCGCGUUGGAAGCCUUGUCAGCUGGUCUUCCUAUUCUUGUAAGUGGAAACUCGGGUUUCGGAGAUGCACUGCGCGCAGUACCAUUCGGCACAUCCUUUGUGGUUGACUCUGAGGACCCCAAAGUGUGGGCUGAGGCAAUUGAUGGUGUCCGUAAGAUGAAGAGAUCACCGCGUCUUCAAGGGAUUGAACGACUCAGGACAUCAUAUGAAAAGCAGUUCAGCUGGGAGAAACAAUGUGACCUUCUCGUUGAUUUGAUGUGGAACAAAGUUCAUGGCGUAGGUAUGUUAAUAAUUUUUAUAUUUCUUUCCGUAGACUUUUCUUUCGUUGUGUUAUCCAAAUGUAUCCUGCCAUUGAUGUGAAUACAUUUUCUAUCUCGGAAUAGGUUUCUAAAACACAGCAUGAUGGAGAUCUUUAAAUGUUUGUGUAUAACGCCCAUGUUCAUCAAAAAGGAAACGAUUUGUAAAAACUGAUAAGAGUGAGAAAGGAACAAGCAAAAGCGAAAGAAACGUCUAAAACCACUUUUAUCCAUCCCAAGUUGAAAUGACUUUCUUGAUAUAAGUGUAUUACCAAAAGUUAAUGCUUGAGCGGGACAAAUGUCAUAUUGUCUUAUCAGCUCAGGUUAAAAGUUAUCCACUCCAGUUAUUCACAAGCAAUAAUUGCUUUCGUUGCAGCAUAAUUAUUUUUUUAUGAAAAAAAAAAGGGAUGUAAAAUGUUAACCGGCAAGUCUAGACAAUUACCUGCGACUUCCUAUUCCAAUACUGUUUAUCGUUCUCGAAUCAGAAGACAGCGUUUGGUAAAUAAAUGAAGUUAUUGGCCUGUCUUCCGAAAUCCUCGCCGUACUUUUUAAUUUAAGUCUUCCCUUGUAGCUGAAAGAGGAGCCUGGCCCUCUCAGUGAAGAUUUUGAUCAAUUUGUGUUCUCAUGAAAUCUUUUCCCAUACAUGAUCCUGCUAAUAAGGAAAGAUUUCGUUCAUUUGAGAGUAGCGCCCUCCAUGAAACGAAAUCAGAGUACCCCGUUGGAUAAGUGUCUCUCUCAGCCCUGAUUUGGGCGGAUAUGGCUUCACUAGCAGUGAGCACGGGGCUGAGCGAGAUCAUAUACAAGUUUCACGCAGCUUUCAGUGGUGAUACCGGAAGAGUUCCCAGUGGGUGAAAAAAUAUUCACGGUGAACUGAAAAUUCGGUCUUUAAUGUGAUGGAUUUUUUUUCUCUGUCAUAACUGUGACUUUCUCUUCCAUCUGCAUUAUAUGAUUCUAGGAAAUGCGCCUAAAAUUAUUUUACUUCCAGGGGUGCUUGAGCGAACCCUCCAGAAUCUUCAGCGAACCCUCCAGAAUCUUCAGCGGAUGCAACUCUGCGUAAGCAUGGUCAACGACAGCACUACCUUGACAGAGAAGUUAGCGACGAUUGCAUCAGAUAAGGGCUUCAGAAUUUCUGACAAUCAAGGGUCAGGAAACUGCAUGUUCCAUGCUCUGUCAGAACAACUAGAAACCGUCAAAAGAAUCAAAAUCCAACAUGGCCAGUUGAGACAGUCUUUAGUUCAGUACCUCAGGGAAAACCCAAAACUGGUUAGUUGCUGUAAUGCUCAGAAGUAAAUGAACUAGAAGUUCAUCAGUAGUUUAAUUACUGUGUCUAUUUUUCUCUCCGUUACAUGAAGUGCCACUCGUUCUUUCUGGGACACCAGUCACUCUCACACCAGAUAUCUUCAAGUAUUUUUUCACUUUGGCCUUAAAAUUUCCUCACAAUUUUUCUACUCGUGGAGAGAGGCACUUUGACAGUAAGGUUUCUUCUCCUAGAGCUCGAUAAUACAGUCACUCUAUAUAAGAUUAUGUCGGAAGUUUGUCUUAGCUUUUGCUGUCUACCCACUGCGUUUGCUGAAAAAGUUAUCACAUACUUUUCUAUUGUAAAGAAGUUAAUUUUUGGGGAGUUUUCCUUAAAUUGUGCUUGGCCCUGUUCAAAAGCUAUUUGGCAUUCAAGUAUUAAUUGUUGUCUCUUCUUACAGCCGGAUGGAACAGAUCUCCGUCACUUUGUCCAUGAACAUGAAACAUGGGCUGAUUACCUAACAUACAUGGAACAAGAUGGCGCUUGGGGUGAUCACCUCAUUCUCUGUGCAGCAGCAAAUUGCUUUAAAACGUGCAUUCAUGUGGUCAGUAGUAUACACAAUGAUGUAGACAUCAGGCCACAUGGUGCUGUUGAAGAAAGCAAGCCUCUAGUACUGGGACAUAUUCAUGAAGUACACUAUGUCAGUCUUCAGCCCAUACAAGGUAAGAGUGGAAAAGCACAGUACACGUACUUUUCAAUUUGA